AUGGCAGUGGAAAGCUCCCCCGGCAGGAAUGUGACCAGAAGCUUCUGUGGUGCUGUGCUGGAGGUGUCAGGUUCUGUGGAGAUGGAGGGUUUGCGGUUCAGCGACCCAAUGAGACGACAUGGACUUACUUUCUUUCUCUCCCUCUUGCAGUGCAUAGAGGCCAAAAAGUACUGCUGGUAUUUUGAAGGCGGAUACCCCAUCUACUUUAUAUGCCGCUCGUACGAGGACUGCUGCGGGACCCGCUGCUGUGUCCGAGCCCUCUCCAUCCAGCGGCUAUGGUACUUCUGGUUGAUGCUGAUGAUGGGGGUGCUAUUCUGCUGCGGAGCGGGCAUCUUCUUCCGCAGGUGCAUUCACCCCUCGCCCCUCAGCGACGAGCAUGCCUUCAACGUCUCCUUUACCAGGCAGCCUGUAUCCACGCCAGUAUCCCAGCAGCCUGGCAUGGUAGGCUAUGGCGACCCCGGCGGCGUCAUGACUUCCCCCCUCAGCCCCGUCUACCCCAUCCAGCCCGGCCCCGCCCAUAUGAUGAACGACUACCCUCCACCGCCCUCGUACUGCAACCACCCACCCCCGCCUUACGAACAGAUUUUCCGGACACCAGAGAAGAAGUAA